UUGAGAUCGCUAUUGAAAUUCAGUGUCUCAGAGCUUCUCUGCAGUGGACAUCAUGAAUGCCCGCCUUUGACAUAUCAUGUAAAUACUAACGAGCAGCCCCAAACUCAGGGACAUAAAUGGGAUCUGUCCAUCGGAUCCCAUUCCAUCAUGAAAUCAAACAUCACCCGCCGUCUCAUGCACACCUCCCAGGUACUGCGUCAUGGGAAUCCACUUGGCCUGCCCCAGAAGGGCACCAUCCCAAGAUUCCAACGCGGCCUACCACAAAAACGACCCAUCAGAGGCGUCUCACACAUCAUCGCCGUCUCAUCCGCCAAGGGUGGCGUCGGCAAGAGCACCAUAGCCGCCAACCUCGCCCUCUCCUUCGCACGCCUUGGCUUGCGCGCAGGGAUCUUGGACACGGACAUCUUCGGCCCGUCCAUCCCAACGCUGUUCAACCUGGCGUCGCACACGGCACAGCUCACCCCAGCCAACCAACUCCUGCCCUUAACCAACUACGGCGUGCGGACCAUGUCGCUAGGCUAUCUGCAGACAGACGAGUCGGCGCCCGUCGUGUGGCGCGGGCCGAUGCUGCUCAAGGCGGUCCAGCAGCUGCUGCACGAGGUGGACUGGGGCGCGUCGGCGGGCCAGCAGCUCGACGUGCUGGUCCUGGACCUGCCCCCGGGCACGGGCGACGUGCAGCUGAGCAUCGCGCAGCAGGUGCCCGUGGACGGCGCCCUGGUCGUGACGACGCCGCACCUGCUGGCCGUCAAGGACGCGGUUAAAGGCGUGGGCAUGUUUGCCAAGGUCGGCGUGCCCGUGCUGGGCCUGCUGCAGAACAUGUCGCUGUUCCGGUGUCCCCAUUGCGCCGGGGAAACGGCUGUUUUUGGCGGCGAGGACAGGGUGCGCCAGAUGUGCGACGAGCACGGCCUGGAGCUGCUCGGCGACGUGCCGUUGCACCCCAACAUUGGCGAGGACGGCGCCCGGGGGAAGCCGACGGUUGUGGCGGAGCCGGAGUCUGACAGGGCAAAGGUGUUCAUGCAUGUCGCGAGGAGGUUAGCGGGGAAAGUUGGCUUGGAGGUCUGAUCGCGUCUGUACUUCUAUGAAUGGAUUGAGAUGGAUUAGAGGUUGAGACUUGGACAUUGCAUUGUACUAUUAUGUGUAGGUAUACCGAGGUCUGUGAUUUGUCGCUAGCUGCGAGGCAGUAUACUAUUAGGAUCCGGUGUCAGGCCCAAGCCUGAGAGAGGUCGAGAUGGAAGAUAUACCCCCUAAUACUAUGCGGCCGAAACCACUA